AUGUCUGUGUUCAAAGUAUAAAAGGAUCGUGUAUGCUUAAUAUCGUCACUAUCUCACUGUCUUUCAAGUAGUUUACUACAGAAAUCAAACAAAUCUUUCAACAUGUUCAAGCUGGCUGUUCUUGCUGCCGUUUUGGCCGUUGCUGUUGCUGCACCAGCUCCAGGUGGUCUUACUGGUUUAGUUUUGAAUCACGGUCUUGGACCAAUCCACGCACCACAAGUAAUUUCUCAUGCACCAAUCCAUUCAGCAGUGCAUAUUGUCGCACAACCAGUUGCUCCAGUUGUUCAUGCUGCUCCAAUUGUUACCAAAACAAUCAUCCCAAGCCACGGACCAAUCUUGUCUGUUGGACAUGGUCUUCCACUUGCACAUGGUCUCCCACUUGGACAUGGUCUUCCACUUGGACAUGGUCUUGCUCUUGGACAUGGCCUUCCUCUUGGACAUGGAAUCCACGGAUUGUAAAUAACAUCCAAUGUGAUACCAUCAGUAAUUGUCAAUAAUAAAAAAUCAACACUUCAACAACAAUGUGUCAACAAAUGAAAAAAAUUUUUCAAAAUUAUAUUAUCAAUUCAAAAUUAAUUGUGCGGCAGAAGAAAUCAAUUUGUAAAUGAUUUAUUUUUUUUUAUUUUUCAUAAAAACAAAUAUAUUCUAUAAUUAAAAAAAAAUUUAGUCAUUUAUUUUUUUGCCUCAAAAUCCUUUACCUCUUUUUAUUUGAUGUUUUUUUUUUUUAACAAACAAAAUUUUUACUUGGUAUUUUAAUAAAAUCAACAUUUAAAAUUCAAGCCACGUAGUAACAUCUAAUUUUACAAGCUGAGUCUGAGUUUACGUGGAUGAGAGUGUUUUGUCAAUUUUAUUUUUUUAUUUAAAUUUAUUUUUCAAUGAAUACUUGUGGAUUUUAAAAUCAUGAAAAUUAUGAACUACAUUUAUAUUAAUUCAGCUAAAAAGUUUUUGAGCUUUAAAAGUUUACUGCUAAGUUGUUACGAAAUAAAAAGAUCAUGAAGUACAUCAAAAAAUCAUCAGGUAUAUCGAAAUACUGGUACGAAUUUAACAUUGUAAAAAAAUAAAUGCAUUAUUAAAUUGUUUACAUUUUUAUUAUGAUAAUAAUAAUAAAAAAAAAAAAACAAGAAAACUACAAAUUUAGUUGAUUGAACAUUUUGAAAGUUGACUUAUUAAAAAAGUGCUAUUCAAAUUAAAUCUUUGAAGCAUUGAUGGUUAAGCUUGCACAAAAUUCAACAAUUCUUAAAUGAGAUAGUCAUUAAUUUGAUUGGCCUUUUGUCUCUACCAGCACGGAGAACAAUUUAAAAAACAAACAAAAGAAAAAAAAAAACUAUUAAACAAACAAUUUUUUUU